AUGUCCGCCACGGUGAUUCCGAUAGAAGAGACGCAGCUGGUUUUUCUCGGGGCGCGCCGGCACGCAGACUUUGAAUUGGUCUGCCCCCGGCGGUGGAUGCAGCAGGACUGGUUUGGAACAUUUGGUGUUAUUCCGGGGAAAAUAAAUCAUGUCGAAAACCACACGACGGGUGGAUCUGGAGCUUUCGAGGUCCGCCCGAGCCGCCCGAUGUUCUCGUUUCCAACACCGCAGCAAUUCCCGGAAUUUACCAGCCUCCGCCAGGCCUACGAGUUUUGUCACACCCUUUCCUGGCGGGAGGAGGGUCUGGUGUACCGCUUUGGUAACAGGUUCUGGAAGCUGCGAAACCCAAAAUUCGUGUUCUUGCGGGAGGUCAAAAGUGGCGAGGUCCUCGUGUCGUGCGACGAAAGUACAAGAAGUGCGACGUCGGUGGUGCCACUUGCGGUAACAUGUACUCCUCCUGGAGGUUCUUCUUGUGGGGAGGACGAAAACGUCUACUCUUUUUCUGAUAUGACGACCAAAGUGGCAACACUAGGAGCCACAGCACGACCGACAAACUAUAAUUACGCAAGCAAUCCCCUAUGAACGAACAAAAUACAAAAGUAGAACAUUGGAAAAUCUACAUAUCUCGACGAACCGAUCAAAAAUUUUCGUUCAACUACUCAUCAAUUUUGGUUCAGCUACUGAUUAAUUUUUGCCAUAUGACCGAAAAUUUCUUGCACAUGAUCAAAAAAUAAAACGCACAUGAUCGAAAAAUUUUGAGUCAUGACCGAAAUAGAUGAUGGUUCUGAGUGCAGAUAUUUUUGGUUCUAGGUACUUGCUCUUUUGGAAAACCGACCUCUUCAUCCUGGACACCGCGACCUCGCACCGAUGAACCACAACUAUUCAGAUUUGUGUGUGUGGGUCACAAAUCUGAAUAGUUGUGGUUUACAGCAAAACCACAACUUUUGACGGGAAACCACAACUAUUCGAGUACUCCAAGGUGUUUGAGAAUUGCGGAAGCGCUUUCCGCAACAAAAUCGGAAGUGAAAAGAGAUGAGGAAACGCAUCGGACGGCAUGCAGUGGCGGGGCGGAAGGUUAUGUUUUUUUUCAUUUUGUUUGCAAAGAAGACGGCUACUUCUGCUAAGACGGUUCCAUUGCGAUCAGACUCAAGCCUAGGCGAAGGCAAUGGCAAACAAAGGUGAUCAUGCUUUCUGAUUCUGCCUUGUUUGUUUCAUUAUCAUUUCAAUAUCAAUGCAAAAACAAUACAGAACGUCGACGUUGGAGGUGGUUGCAGUUCAUGGAGAUGUACGUUGAGAGGAAGCGAUGCGAAAGAAAAGCAGUUCAUGGAGGUGGAGUUGAACUUGGACGCGGUCGAGACUGGAGGCGCUUCGGAGGUGAUCCGCCUGUUGAUGCUGUAGCACCGCAACUUCGCCAUCGCCGCGAUGAUUCAAGCCCUGACGUAGCGGGCGGCGUGAAGAUGUUGCGUUGUGAUACUGAGAUGUCAGAUGUAGACAGAAAUGUGAGAAAGAGAAAAAAGAUUAAGAUAAACACGAAGAUAGAGAUAAUGAUAAAGAGUCAGAGUAACUAUUUCGGUAUUAAGUUUAAGAAGCAGUGUGUGGAGUGAGUGCGAAAGUGCAAGCGAUGUCUGAAACACUUAAAGUCUCGCCGUCCCCUGUGAUAGUAGUGUGCUAGUGUCAUUCUCAUUCCGAGUAAAACUCUGCCUGUGAAGAAGAAGGCGCAGUUGCUGCCGAAAGAGUAAGAGUCGGUCACAACAAAAUCAAAACAACAGUAAUGCAAACGCAAUGCUCCAAGUGCGUGCAAGUGCGCGACUGUCGUUUGAGUAUGGGCAUGAAGAGGACUAUGAGUAAUGAGUGAGAGCACAAGAAAUGCGCCUGAGUCUGAACGUCGCGGAUUUGUAUUUUGAUUUGUUUAGAAUUAGAAUUAGACAACUGCGCGCAGUAGUGUUCGAGUCGGAACCUGCUCUGUGCGGUUUUUGCGCUCUCGUGUUUUGGAUCGAUAUCGAAGUCGAUUUGUGGCGUUGUGCAUUUCGAAAUCGAAUUCGAGUUGAGUUUGUGUCUCCAUUUGUGAAAGAGAAAGUGACCCUGCGAUGCACACGUGCCUCCCAUUGCCGGGGUGAUUUUGAUCCGCUUCUUCAUCUUCUUUUUCAUUUUCAUCAUCAUCUUGUUCUUCUUCCGCUACUACUACAACUACUUCUACAUGUGCUUGUGCAUCUACUUCUACAUCUAAUACUAUUACAAAUGGUCAACGACAAUGUCAAGGCCAAGGUCAUACCCAUUCCCAUUGCUAUCGGUCCGAUAGCGUUAGCGUUAGCGAUUGCUAUCGGUACGAAAACUAACGAGAACGUGGACGACCAAAAGUAAAUAUGAUUACGAGUAUGACUACCACUAUGGGAUGAUAACUAUCACUGUGCUGCGUCUACCUCUGCAGCUGCGCCUGCAGUUUCAGUUGCGAUUGCAACUUCAUUGCCUGUUUUCAUUUUCAGGAAAACAAUAAUAGUGAAGAGUCAAGUCGUUGUCGUAGUCGUUGUGGUGCACUUUGUGUUAUUGGUCCGAGUUUGUGGCUGUGCCCGUGCGAUUGCGAUUCCGCCAGAUUUAUUUUUUUGCACAAACGCUUUCGUUGCCACCGAUGGCGGCGCCAUCCUCUUCAUCUUCCGCAGCUGGUCCUGCAGUUGAGCCCGCAGUAGCAAUUGAACCUCCGCCCCCACCUCAGCAAACGUGCCCGAUCGCAACUGCCGUCGCCAACGCGGUGAACAUGGACGACGUAGUGUCCCUUUUGGAGGAUGCUGAGAGUCGCUUCAGCGACCGCGGAAAGCAGGCGACUUCGCGGGAAUUGAAUGAGCCAGUGCUAAUCCACGAGCAGAAUAGAGUGCACAACAACAGCGCAGUAGGCCGCAAAGGCUGGUGUCGACUUCCCCCGAAAAAAGCCAACCUGAGCAAAAUGUACCAAAAGAUGCACAAUGAACCAGCAGGGCGAAAUCCUAACCAGGAGAAGCUGCGGAAGUUUGCAGUUGCGGAAUUACGGGCGCGGUUUGACGUUCCUGUGCAUUUUGACCGUCUUCUCGUCGCGGCUUUGAGGAAGAAGAAAGAACUCGAAGAAGAUGAGGCGGAGCGACUAGAUCCGGAAAACCUUGGCGCACCAAAAGCGAAGAGAGUAAAGGUACUGGGUAGUAGCUGUUGAUAUUCAUACUUGCGUGUAGUUGUACUUGUAGAUGUAGAUGAAGAUGCACUCAUGAUCUGGAUCUCCGAUUCUUAUGCUCGUCAUUGCAACGUCGAUGCCCUCCUUACCGGAUCCGGUGCUGUAUGCUAAUAUCAGAACUCUUCAACGUCUACAUCAGGUAAAUAACUUCGUCGACGAGUGGGGGAACUUUUCUCUCGCGAAGCUUUCUAGCCUGAAAACUAAAGCGGAAAAAUACGAGUACAUCGGCUACAUCUUGGCGACGUCCAGCGCAACCUCGGCGAAAAAGGUGCGAGUGCGAGAUUCGCCUUUCACUACUUCUCCUACACUAGCAGUGGCCGCGGCUCCACUCCGUCGGUCUCGGUUUGUGCUUCAGCUGUAGCGCCAACAUCUUCUACUUCUAGCCGCAGUUGCGUUUUCUUUUUCAUUUCCUUUUUUACUAUCAGAUAUGCAUGGUCUAGGUCUUGUGCACGAAGAAGCCCUACACCAGCCUUCAGACUGCUAGGGUUUACCUGGGUGCAUUUGAAAAGAGUGGUACUGUUGGCAUGUGGGAAUUGUCAUGGUGGUUGUAGCAGAAGUAGUUGUAGAUGAAGUUGCAGUUGCAGACGCACAAGAAAAUGAAAAAGCACAACGCGCGGUCCUAGGAUCGUCGCCGCCUUUAUCAUUAUCCGGGAAUAGCUUCACAACAAACAACUACGACAGAUCCAGUUACUGCAGAACCUUUUCCAAAUGGAGCAGCUGUUCAGCAACAAGACGCGGUACCUUGGGUUGGAUAAAGUAGCACUUUCUGGCGGAGUUGUUAACGUCGCUGACAACGUGAUGACCCUGCGAUCCGGUCCGGGAAGCGCGCCGGUGAUGGGCCCACUACUGGGCAUCAACAAAGACAAAAGAAUCCAGUACACGUACGAGAAGUUGCCUUCUCCGCAAAAGCGGCGCGCACUACUGACGCUGAAGGGCAACCUGGAGUACGAGGACGCGCGGGAGAACAAGGUGGUAGCAACGAAAAAACAACUGAACUAUCAGGACGGGCUCCGGAUGUUGGCGCAGCGGUUGGAGGAUAAAAUUCUGCGGGUGUUGAAUUUACGGGACCGCUCGGACGUGGAAGCAAUGGCGGGUAUUUUUACAUCUCUACUGGACGUUGUUGCACUUGCAGUCGCAGUUGCGGGUGUGAAAAUGAACGUGAAACAAAAAUGAUUCCGCCACUCGUGUGGCGCUUGCAGCUUUCCAUGCGGUUGAGCUAGGGCGUUUGUUGCAUGACAGAAAACUUGCAAUACCAAUUCCAAUGCGUAUGCGAAUGCCUAUGCAAAUGCAAAUGCAAAACCGAAAUAAACACGCAAACUUAAAUCUUAAUCAGACCUCGACAUCAAGCGCCAGGAGGUCGUCAUGGAGAUUGCAAACGACCUGGACGUCGUCCAGUUUUGGAACGCCCAGGUGAAUGACAAUUUGGUGAACAGGGUCGAGAUGAAGCUUUCGUCGGCCGCGUACAAGCGGGCAAUCGACGAUGGUGCCGCGGCGGCGUCUUUGAGCUGUGCUGCUAAAACACCCCGACCAAUACUGGUGAUCCGUGUCGCCCCCGACAGCACGCCGUUCAAAAACGGUUCGUCUUUCACGUUGGAGGCGAUUAUCUACAAGUGCUGCCCGGUCACGAAGCAGAUCCAUCUCAAGCACAUCGUGCCGUCGGCGAAGUCGCACAGUGGAGGUGCGUACACCACCAUCGCCGACAUCUAUGAACUCCUCGCUACUGUUUGCCCUUUGCCGGGCUGCACCACGGCGGCGUGGGAAUCCGACCCACUGUGCAUCAUGGUGUGCACGAGUGACGCUGCUGCCGACGUGCUGGCCGGCUUUCGCAGUCUCCGCCGGAUGAACUACGUGCUCCAGCUGAAACGCCAAGAGCAGAUCAAAAAUAAAAAGAGGAAAAAAUACGUGGAGUUUCAUUUUUGUCAACAGGUGUGUCAACUCCACCAAUAUCACAUAUUGACCGGCGAAAUCGUCGAACAGAUAAAACACGACUUCCCCUCCUUCCUGGAAGGUAUCAACAGCAUCCAGAGGUCGAUGCACCUCUGGGGACCAAAAGAUAAAAACGCGCACAACUACGUCAACAUCCCGAAGGCGGCGACGCACCGGUGGAUGACCUUGUACCCGACGCUCGAAUGUUUAGCGGCAAACAGAAUCGCGAUCACCAGAAACAUCGAACAAAUCGACGCGAUGAAGCGUGAGGAGGGGGAAAUGAGGGAGACGUGCAAAAAAGCGAAGCUGCACGUCGCCGACGAAAGGUUCUGGCGAGUAGUAACGGCUGCGCGCUGUGUGAUGCAGGUCGUACACGAGGCCUCCGUUAAAGUACAGAACGACCCGGACGUUGUCAUGAGCGACGCGACUUUGCCGAGCAUGUUCCCGCACCGACCGCGCGCGAAGACCGUGGACGAAAUCCUGGACUUGAUCCGCCAGCGGAUGUAUCUCGGUGAUGGCGAUCCCCUGCAGGCCCGCCUGCUCUUGUACCUCGCAGUGAGACUUCCGUCGCGGGAGAUCCAGUUCCACUGCUAUCCCUGGAUGUUGACGCCCCUCUUCUCGCCGGACGAAAACCAGCGCAAGGUCCACGCGGAAAUGUUGCUCGCAACCGAGCCGGAUAACAGAGACUCGUUCAUCAACUUGCUCUGCACGGGAGUGUACCAAGAGUCGCUCCAGAAGAUGGUUAACGGUGAGGUGAUGCCGCCGGAGUUGUUCGCCGUGCUGGGGCCGGUUUACGUGGCGAUGAUUCCCCAAACGCAGUUCACCGAAAGUUUACACUCUUCGACGGCGAUAGAGAAAAAGGUGGCGCCGAAUAUCGGCGUUGUGCGUGCUGGACUUCGUGUUGCUCGCAAUCGGGGUGACCACAUCCAGUACGAGGAGUUUAAGGAGCUGCAGGAACAGUGGAAGUCGCGGUUCGACAUGCGGCGGAAAUCUGCGAAGGAGUACGACAAGACGGAGCUGGAGGAGCUGGUUAGUUACGACACAGAAUUUUUGCAUCCGUGGCUCUCAAAGUUGUAUGAUGUUUUCGACGAGUACUUGUUGAGCAACCCGUUGUUUCCGGAAAAAGUAGAAACGGCGCAGCUACAGAAGAUAAUCUCCGGCCCCAUACCGCCGAACAACAAGCUCGUCGUCCCGCCGGUGGUGCUGCGACACCUUGCAGAAUACUCCACUCCGCUACCGAUUUGGAAGCCGGGGCGGCCGGUCAACCUCUUCAAGGAGAAAGCAGUUUAUGUCGGAUUCCUCAUCUGGCGGGAACCGGAAAAGAACCAGUUCAUUACGGUGCCGGACGUGUACUACUGCGUUUCGCAAGAAGGAAAGCUGAAAGGGCACGUAUUGCGGUGCCGGCAGAUUCUCCAACCGGACUUUGACGAGGGCAUGACGUUCAGGAGAAACUUCGAGCAAAAACACCAGCCCGAUUAUCCGAAAGGAAGAACGCAGUGGUGGUGCUGCAGUCCGUACGACCGCGUCCGCACGUUGUCGCAGUGGGUACUGGACCCGAAGCCCAGCAGGGAGCGUUACUUGUUUCGCUUCAAGAUCGCGUGCGUGACGGGUUGCAGGUGGUGGGAGGACAAGCACACGGUGCUGAAAAGCGGCAUCCUCUUCAGCAUUCGGGACGACGAGUGGCUUUCCACGACCCUGUCUUACUCCAAGCUGUUUGUGCCGGCGGCGGAGAAAGCGCGAUCAGAGGAGGUGAUCGUGCAGGGACCCAAUGCGAAGGUCGCGGUGCGAACCACGCGCGAGGUGUCGUGGUUCGGGUUUGACCAACGCAAAGCGGUGCCGGAAAAAACGAUGUCCGACGCGAUCGACCCUGUGUACUUCAUCUUCCGACCGGAGAAGUCCAACUGGGUCGCUACGAUUCCGCUAAAGAGAUCUACGGGUGAAGCGUCGGCGGAGCGGAAGUCGUACUCUGCUACCACCGCCGGGCAUCUGCAGAGUCAGGACUUAGUGAUGGCCGCGCGGCACGAGUGCGUUAAGCUGGUCUGUGGUCACUUGAAGGAGCCCCAGCCAGUGCCAGACCAGGACCAGGAGGAUGAAGCCUACGCGGAGCUGUCGAAGUACAUCGACGCCACCAAAGACGUGGACUUCUAUGAGUCGCUGGGCGUUGACAAAGAGCAGUACAGCGACAACUCCGACUCCGAGCCGGAGUAAAACACUUCUUCCCGUAGCAGUAACAUCUUCGCCGCGUCCGCAGUGUCGUAUCUUCCUCAUCUUCGCCUCGACGAAGAGCACAGACCAGUAGGCACGUGCCGUCGAAAACAUCAAACAACAACAAGAGUCACGGAGGUGCAUGUUUUUAUUUGUAUACUUUACUUCGGAGCGGGUGCAGGUAAGAAUAGUCUCACCGCAGUGGAAGCUGCGCACUUUUUGAUAAUUAUGUAUCACAUGCUGCUGUAAGUUAAAACUAAUCAGAAAGUUAAAGUUUCGAUACACACUACUAAAACACGACGCGAGUGCGUCCAUAGGAAUGUAAAAAUGCACAGCUUUUUAUGGUCUUCGCAUACGCGUGCACGUGCGUGCGCGCGCGCAAGACGAAUUACUUCGAAUGCAAUAGGUCAACACGCAUCUUCGUUGUUUUGUUUCAGCCAAAAAUUGACAUUGAGGGGAAAGACGCAGUCUAGUCUUCGCCGUAGCAUAGAACUUUAUUUGUAUGAUAGCGUGCACAGCAAGAGCAGUACGAGAUGAGCACUUUUUUCAGGUUACACCAGGCUGCGAGCGAGGACGCCCGACUCUGGCAUCGCUGGUGCCGACAGAAAAACAAGCGCGAUCGCGAUAGCAAGUGACUGCGAUAAUUAUGAUUCUAUUUGAAAGUAGUGUAAUUCUUGCAUCCCGUACAGAUUAGCGCAGCAGUAUACGAGACAGAAAGAGCUGAGACGAGCUUAACAAUUUGAGUAUCUGUGUAGGCGGUUGGGUGAUAGAAGUUACGCACAACGUGCGUGUACGCAAGUAGCUUGUAAAUGCCCCAGCGAUAGAGAAAUUGAAAGAUGUACCCAGUUCCCCCUGCCCUUGUAAAUCCCGAAAUCACCAAAAAGAUCUGGCUAUUUUCCCACCCGAUACAGAAUUGACGCGUAGUAGUUUCUAGUGCGACGGCCCGCAGUUUCUUAUCACAUCGUAGAGGAAAGUUGUACGUAGGCACUACCCCAGAACACACGAAGCCCACGAAUUUUGUACCCGAAGAUCAUUGUAAAACGUCCGUCAAGACACGAAAAUCAUGUACCGAAAUGCAGAAAAUUCAGAGGUCGACUCUCAUAUUUGAAAUGAAGAAGCAGCCGCGAAGAGCCUUCAGAUCCUGAGAAUGACGCGAGAUUUUGACCGAGCCUUGUGAGGUCUGAGCCGAAAAUGCACAAGAAAAUGAGAAGACGACGACCAAAAAUUCUUGCUCAAUUAGAAGAUCAUCAUCGGUUCGCGGCGCUGUAAAUAGCGCUCUCGGUCUUGAAAUUUUGUCUCACAUGUCGACGAUUUUCCUUCAAAAUACGACGUUCCAAAAGUUGGGAUUUCUGGUUCCUAGAGAUUCAACUGUGAUUUUUCAUCAAAAACCCAGAAAUGUAGAAAAAGUCCUAGGACUUUUUCUACAUUUCGCACUUUUUCAUGAUUUUUGCAAGGUCAAAGUCUAGGAACCAGAAAUCCCAACUUUUGGAGCGUCCAUUUUUACUUCUGAAUUUUGUGAUUUCUAUCCAAUUUGCGUCAUCUAUCCAACCAAAAAACACAGUUGUACAGGGAGAAAACUUAAGGCUGAGUUGAAAAAAAAACCGCGUUUUGAAGAUGAGUUCGUCCGAAUCUCUGCUGCAUUUCCUCGAUGAGGAAGAGGCCGUUCUGGCUCUCGAGGCCCUGCCCACCGCGAUCGAGAAGGCCAAAACCGGUGCCCCGGACGACGUCAUCGCGCUGUGCGACGCCAUGAAAAAGGUCCUUCCGACGAAGGAAGAGGUCGCCGCGGUGCUCAAGGCGUGGCGCGCCGGAAAACUGACCAAGGUAAUCAUAUAUAGCUUUUACGAAGUGAAAAAAUAGGAACGUUUCUACUUUUUUAUAAAACAUCUUGAUCAUACGAAGCAACAUCACGGCUUGUAUAAUAGGAGUGUUUUUGUUUUUUUAUGAAAAGCAGAACAUAGAAAGGUCGUAUCUCACUAACAAAUCAAUACUUGAAAACUGUGUCAAUCACCUCUACAGGCCGACAUGAUGCAGUUCUGUCAGAGAUUCGUCGAUAGACGAUUUAAACAGGGAGCGACGUUACUCCUCUCGGUGCUCAACCGUUUUGGACAAUCGAAACUCAACCCCCUCCGCUCCUUGGCGCACAUGCACAAGCUGUUGGGGUACAUGGAAUCCGGUGAAUACGUCGUCGUCCGCGGUAUAUUCCGUAGUUUAGAACAAGCAAAGAUUUUACUAUAUAUCGCAGCUUAGAGCAAGAAAAAUUUUUACUUUUUUCCUAGCGCGCUGUGCCGCGGAGCCGUCUUUCGUAGAAUAAAAGCGGACCACUUCCCCCCCCCCGUUCGUGUACAAUGCCCACCCUCCCACUCGAAAAUAGGUAGCAUCAACGUCAUUUGCAGUGCUGCGGCUUACUUUCUUGCCAAGUGGGAACUGCACGCCUUUCGCUUGCGUGCAAACAGGUCCGACACAUGGCCACACUACUACCCAAACGAAAGGAAGAACUACCUCGCGCAAAAAAAAGCGCUGAAAAAGCGGGUGAGUGAGGCCUUGUGCACUUUGUUGCACCGCUACCCGCCCGGGUAUGCAAAGGCAGUAGUGCAAGCAAUUAGCAACCCCGACAACAAGCCCUGGUACGAAUGCCCGCACAUCCCUGCCUGCCUCGCUGCUACACACCCUAGCGAAGUCGCCCCCGGAGAACGCGCAAUGAUUUUUCGCUCCUGGGCCAAUGACAAGUUCAAGUUGCGGCGCGCAUUUAACGCGCCGAUAAUCAAGCACAACAGCCGACCCCUGGCUGAGAUGAGGGACGAAGAUGAGGAUUCAGACUGGGACUCAUCACCUCCUAUUUGUGUUGUUGAGUGCCGACAACCAGAACAUCAUCUACGAUUCAAAAAAGAUAUUAUCGCCAUUGCCGUCGAUCCCACGGCCCCGGAUGGUAAGCUGUCCCUCGCCGCGGAGCAGGAAGUUUUCUACGAAGUGAUUUCCGGGUAUCACUCCACCCGGGCCGCCCAGGAGCUCGUGAAGCGCGAGGACGGUUCCAACAAGUUCGAGCGGAUGCGCAUGCGGUAUUUCUUACUACUGGUUUCUGUUUUACAUACAAGUACAAAUUCACUCGCGCCACAAGUCGUAUCUCGCAGCCGCAUCUCCAUGUGCACAAGAUUGAAGUUUUCAGAAAUAGUUUAAGAUCGCAGUCGAAGAAGAUUUUGUAUGUUUUCACUCCGUGGAAAGAAUGCUCGUGUCUUUUUCUCUUCAGAAAUUCCGCUCAUGAGGCCGAAACCUGAAGACGAACUGCAGCACACUAAAGCAUGACCACGAGUACAACCACGACGUAUACACAACUAUAACGAAAUCGAAAGCAAAAGCUUUGGUGAAACGGAGCCACACAUUUCAUCUCAGGUACACCAUCUACAGCUCCGAGUUCGCCAAGUACGAGGACUUAUGCAGAAUCUUUAUCAGGCUCUGCAACGAGAGUAACUCGACUUUGACAACCACACAUGUUGAAAAACUGUUGGUUGUUUUUCCCCAAGUAUUAGACCCGCCCAGUUGGGUAUUUUAUGUUUUUACUGAUGGCUCUGGUGAUACAGAUACUCAUACUGAUAGUCGUCGUGAUAGAGAUGAUGAUGGCGCUUACGGUGGCGAUGCGUCUUGCGUCAUUUUCUAAAUUUAAAAAGAAGAAGAUCGUGAUCGUGGGUGUCAGUGUCACUACUUCUUGUCACAGCUUCACCUUCUCCGCAGCCUCGACCUGGUAUGCAUAGUCUCGCUGGAGAUAAUGCAUCAAGGUGGUCAAGCAAGCAUGGCCUGAGAGCUGCAUGAUUGUUGUCAAAGCAGUGCCGGACCUAUGUAGGUGUCCGAUUAGACUCCUUCGCGGAGUAUGGCUCGUCACUAGGUGCGGCGGACACGACCUCUUUCCUUCGGGAGUGAAGGUCAUUCGCGCAGUUCGGACCUUCUUUUCGAAUGCCUCAUACGCAAAGCUGAAAACUCGGUCCUUUGCCGCUUUGCCCUGUGCCCGAAGAGUUUGAAGUCGCUCGACGAUAAAGUCCUUCGUGGCUUUAACGGGCUGGAUGGGGACCCACUUCAAUGUGCCGCGCCCGCCGCUGUUCUGCGCUAAUUUAGUAUUGCCGAUGCGGAUCUGCGUUGUUUGGAUGUCCUCCAGGUUGAGGCACCUCACAUCCAUUCCACGCCGCCCGGUUAGGCAGGCAAGAAUCCACGCGAACCGGUACUGCUUACCGGCUUCGGUUUUCCUGCCGGUGCUUUUCUCCAAGUGCAGCCCAAAUCUGCGGCAGUCCGGCAUGGUCAUGGACCCACUCCGCUCCUCCGCGUCGACAAUGUUGUUCUUUCUGGUUUUAGGAGCUUUGCUCUUCUGCGCCCCCAAUCGCGCCUUGCUUUUUGAUGUCACCUUAGGACGCGCCUUCAUUGCUACUUUCUUUGUUCCGCUGCGUGCGGGCUUUGUACGUCGCUUUCCCUUUGGCAUGAUCGCUUCGUGACAGAGGAUGGUGGAGGGGACGUUCUGUGAUGUGUUUUAAAUUUAUUUCAUGACACAGAGACGCCUUUUUUUUUCACAUAUUGAGCUCGCAGCGACAUGAAGAUGUUUCUCAAAACAACAUGACAGCUGCACCGGGAAUGGGUCAAACACAACAAGGAAAACGCCGACGCCCGUGUGGACCUGUACGAGUUCUUCAGCGUAUAAUAUCUACCAUCAUUGUUUAUGUUUUUUUUUUCCUACACCAGAUUAGCACUAGUGUGAGCCUGGGUAUAUUGUUGGAAGUACUCAGAUCGUUAUCGUAGUCGUUUUUAUAUUUAAAUUUAAAUUUAAAUUUAUUACAACUUCAUGUUCAUGCUCAUGCUCAUGGUCAUGCUCAUCUACAAUUACUCGCAGGCCAACGUCGACAACAUUGCGAACAAAAGCGAAGUGGAAAUUUACCUGCAGUGCUGGAGAGAGUUCGCCUCCGGUGGCACCCACGAGUGGGCCGAGGUCUGCAGGAACAAAGGUGUCGAGGACGACGAGUCGAAGUACCCCAACCUCUACCGGUACGACAUAACUACUUGAUGCGAUGAAAUGACUACCAAGACAGAGCAAUUCUGUGUGGACAAAACUAGAAAGUAAAUUCGACGGUAGUGGAAGUGGAAGUGUUAUGUCUAGCGGAAGUGUCAUGUCUAGCUUUAACUUUCUGGUCGCUGUCGGAUGAGUUGUUCAGUUUUAGUUGCAAGAGAAAAGACUUAUACUUAAUCUCAAACUAUUUCUAUCAAUAUUCCAGGACGAAGGUCCUCGAUAGUGGUCUGAAGUACCAGCUCCCGGUCAUCAAGGACGGCACGUUGUACUGCGUCAUGAGCUUGGUCUUGGGCGAGAACAAGAUCGGGUUGUCGAAGAAGCAGGUCAAGCUGCUGAUGCACCUGUGCCAGUUGAACAUGUCGCGCCGCUUGGACUGUGCCGAUGAAAGAAACAAGAUGGUUUUGCACUUGAUCGUUGAGACCGCCCGCAACGCCGCGCGGGACAUCGAUCACGAAGGGCAAGUGGGUGCGACCGUGUCGGUAUAAGAAUACUACUUGCGAUUUUGAGUCGAUCGCCAUGUCUACUUAGCGUCCUCAUGCAUGGAGCGUUUUUAUCUAUCACAAUUAUAGACCAGACGAUGACCAAGACCACCACCAUGAUAUUACUAUUUGAAUUGGCAUUUGCGUAUUUAUAUUUUUAUCUAUCACAGACCAUCGAGAGCAAGAACGACCUCGUGACGGCGAUGCGCCCCGUGGAUGCCGGAUUGUUGUGCGACCAGCCGUGGUUGUUUUUGGCGGAGGACAUUCAGUUGGAAAAGCGGCGCAAGAUCGUGUUGAAUGACAUUUUGCGGGUCAUCAAAUUCGACAUGAAGAUGUUCGGCUGCGACAACUGCGGUGUGUGGACGGUCGUCCAAAAGAGCAUCCCCGUCCGUAUUGAUUUGUUUUUUGACGUUCAUGUUCAUGAGUAGCACUUUGUGUUUUUAGAUUUAGUUUGCGCAAUUCAUGAAGUCUGAUUUCGCAAGACGACAUGUGCAUGAAACAACGUAAAAAAACAGAGCCGAUCGCCAAUUUGGCCCCCAAGCACCACGUGAUCGUGGACAGCAACCACUUUGAUGAGCCCCAGCGUGGCGUCAUCGAGAAGUCCGUGGCCGGCCCGCAGGUCGCCAAGAAGAAGCAGCAGAUGCAGUCCGUGACCGAAGAGCAGAUCCAGUGGGACAAGGAUAUUAAGGAGGAGAUGCGGUCCGCAAUCAAGGCGUCCAUCGCGGCCGAGAAGGCCCGGCACCAGUCGGCCAAGAAGAUCGACAAGACGGAUCAGCUGCAGCUGGUGGAAGCUUCCGGUAAGGGAAAGGAAAAGUUUGUCUCCAAGAUGGAGCGCCGGCAGAAGUGGUAUAGUGAUCGCAUCGACACGCUGACCUCGGAGUUGAAAAGCGCGGAGGAAGAGAAGUUUUUCUUGACUACCCUCCUGCAGCGGAAGCUGUCGGUACUGAGUUUCACACUUGAUUAUGAGAUGAUGAUGAUAGGUCGAAAAUCUGUGUUCUAGAUCUAAACCAUGAGAUAUUCAUAUUGCUUUUUUAAAGAAUAAGAAAGAUCAGUUGUUCCUGCAGCUUCAACUUCAACUUCGAAACGCAAACGUAUCUUCAGAUCCCGGCCGAAAUCAUCUCGAUCGAUGUGCCCCACUACGCCUGGGAAGACACGGACAUGGACUUUGAGCACGACAACACCAUGGUGGUGUCGGUGGAGGAUAUCGAGAAGAUGGCCGUGGUCCCGGGUCGCUUUCCGGUCGAGAUCGAGUGGGGUCCGAACCGCGUGGUGAUGGACGACUUGGAGUACGACAACGACCCCGGUCAGUACUGCGACUUCAUGUCGGACAUCGUGUUGGAGUGGAAGCCGGCCAGGUCGAUUUCGACCCCGGUCACGUUCAGGGGAAGGGAGCUCGAUGCGGGGGGAUAUGUCAUCAAGUACAAGAUGCCCUGCUACACGCCCCCCCCGAAGGACGAUGAUGAGCCCUCCCAGUCCGCCUCCGACGACACCAAGGGUAAGAAGAAGAAGUCCAAGAAGAAGAAGUUGUCCAAGAAGAACCAGGCUGCGUUCAAGUUGAUCGAGAGCGGCAACUUUGGUUUCGGCCAGGACAACAAAGCGGCGUCCCAGGACUUCAAUGCGGCCUACGAAGAGAUGUCGGAGGAGGUGUUCGAGGAGGAGUUGAACAAGGACCGCACGUCGUCCUCCGCGGCUGCGUCGUCCUCCGCCAACACCAACAUGCAGACCGGCGGUUCUAGCUCUUCUUCGUCGAAGCCGAACGUCAACGUGAAGGGCAAGGCGAACCCGAAGGCCAAGUCGAUGAAGAGCAUGAAGUCCAUGAAGUCCGCCAAGCGCGAGAAGCUGCUGCCGUCCGACGACGAGGGUGAGGACGACAAUGCCACCUCGUCGAAGCACAAGGGAAAGCGAUCCCGUGGUGACAGUCUGAUCGAUGAGGACGACUUGUAAUGUUAAUGUAACUUUACUAGUACUACUUGAUUAUGUUGAUGAGAAGGUGAUCUUCAACUUUUUCAGAAAUUAAUGCAUGCUGAUGAACGCUGCAACUGCAAAAAAAUCUACUGCUACUUCUACUUACUCUUACACAAAACUGAUGCUACUAAAUGGACUAGAUGUGCGGUAUUUUUCUUGCGUGAAGCAUGUGUUUGUCUUCAUGCGACACAACGCGAAAUUUUGUCUAUGUCUUCGCGCGCACGAUUUUCGAGUCACUGCUUUCGCAUUCCGCAAAGUCAGCGACGAGAAGCUACUACGACGGCGAAGUUUGGCAAGAUAAAUUAUGGAAUUACUACAACAACAACAGGACAGCUCGAAAGCCAGUAGAUCUUCGGUCGCUGUCUUAGUCAUGUCAUAUUCAACGACCUAUACUAAUAUCUAAGAAAGAGCCUCUGCUAUUUCUUGCGCCUUCCGGAGCGUUGUUGAUUGUGCCUUGACUUAGACCUGUGCCGAGUUCUAAAGCUAUCUCCCAUGCUUGACUCGAAGCCAGGCGCAACUUCGCAUUGGCUACAUGAUACGCUCUCACCGCGGUGCUAUGAUUUCCUAGUCUUUUUUGUUGUGCAAAUAGCUUCGGUCUUGCAACUUUUACUUUCGUACUUGUUGAUGUUGUCUUUCAACAUCAUCAAGAACAAUAUAAGUAUUAUGAAUUUCGUAUAGAAGUUGAAAUCAACAAGUACUGAUAGAGCUGGGCACGUAAAAUUUAGAUCUUUCUUUUUUUGUUUCGCACUACCUAUCGGAAUAUCAAUUUGUUUUCUAUCAAGAAAUACUUCAUCUCUUUGUGCUCAGCUCGACCUUUAUCCUGCUCUAUCGUCGACGCCACUCUAGAUCAUGUCUAGUGAUGGUGUUGGCAAAAUAACUAGAACUUCACUUUAUUGCUGCUUGUCUGUGUCGACGACGUAGAUGUUUCGCAGCAAAAACGUUUUUACGGAACGGUCACUGUAUCAUCUGCAAACGAUUUCGUAAAUCUCUGCAGAGGUGGAGCUGCGCACGCGCAACCACCACGGCGGGCAAGAGUUUGAGUCAGCAGAAAUUUUUCGUGACUUGUCUAUCCGAUAUAUGGGAAAAUAAAAUGGCACUUUCAAUAUAUCAAUAUGAAUAUCUAUAUUCGAAGUUUGUUUUAAUUUUAUUUUUAUUGUUACUUCUACAUUAUGUUCUUGUUAAUGAUAAUGAUAUCACAUUCACUGUUCUAAACCUCUACGGAGGCGAUUCCACUGUCGAUGCAUUUUUAUGCGGUGCCGAAGUGCGCUGCAUAGCCAACCAAUCCGAAGCUGUCGGACUAAACGUGUAUGUAAAAAUCUUUUUUACUUUCACCUAGGUCUUGGCAGUUUCAAACACUUGUUUUCAGGAGAAGUUGAGGAAGAUCGAUUGUUGAUUUGUGCGUAGAAACGGCGCUGCACCAGAGGAAACCGCGGACACAGAGAGAGCGCGCUUGCACUUGUUACGACUGAGCUUCCACAUCAAAGAAACUUUUGUUGAUUCAACUUUCUCGAUUCAUCGCUGACGAUGAGAACAACUUCUUUCCCAUAGACACUAGCGGAUGCGCGUCCGCACCUUCGCGUUGGUCUCGCCCAGUAUCGUAGAAGUUGUAUCAUAUAGAUAUACGUGCGUGGCGCACAUCCACAUGAUAAAGCUCUCGGUUGUUGUUUUCCUAAUGACAUGCAAGUAUUGCAAUUUCGGUCAAUUGUCCUCAAAAAGGUCAAAAGUUGUGGUUUUGCUGUAAACCACAACUAUUCAGAUUUGUGACCCACACACACAAAUCUGAAUAGUUGUGGUUCAUCGGUGCGAGGUCGCGGUGUCCAGGAUGAAGAGGUCGGAACGUCCAGAAUGAAGAGGUCGGUUUCCAAAAAUAUCUGUACUCAGAACCAAAAAUAUUUGUACCUAGAACCAUCAUUUUUUUUCGGUCAUGAUCAAAAUUUUUCGAUCAUGUGCAAAAUAUUUUUUGAUCAUGUGCAAGAAAUUUUCGGUCAUAUGGCAAAAAUUGAUGAGCAGUUGAACGAAAAUUUUUCAUCGGUUCGUCGAGAUAUGUAGAUUUUCCAAUGUUCUACUUUUGUAUUUUGUUCGUUCAUACAAUCCCCGUCCCGGCGCACCAACAGGCGAAACAGCUUUUUCUGCCAAUGUUUUAUCCACGAUGAAUCUGCGUGAGCCCCCCGAUAUCCCAGCAAAGUACAUCGAAGCGGUCAACCAGAAAACCAAGACCGCACGUAUGACCCGGUCAGACGUUACAAUCUCAAACGUUACAAUAGAAGCUGGAUUUUGUAUUGCAUGAUGAGAAUGACAGAUUCGGCCAGCAUUCCUCUUUCUGCAAUACAAAUUUUGCCAGAUUGUAGUGCGGUUUGGGACUCCGGAACUUGUCAUGCGCAAUCCUAUGGGACGCGGACGUGGCUAGAUAAUGCACUUCUUGCAUCACAGAUUUCCAUAUUCUAUUGUAACGCUUGAGAUUGUAAGCCUGAGCAGGUUUUUAUAGCACGGCAGCGACAGGUGGCAAGAAGUCUGCUUUCCCUUAUCCCGAUGAAAAAAGCUAGGAUGCUUCUACUGUGAUACGUGUCUGUGUGUGAAAAUACAUAUAUAAUGGUGGUCUGAAAGUCUCUAGUAGAAGUGAUGUGGGACGGCAAGACCAUUCGCGUGGAAGAUUUUUAAGUACAAGCGUCAGCUUGUUUGUUUGUUAUGUGCGCCCUCACACGACACAUUUUUAUUUGAAUGUGACGUGGUAGUUUUUUCCAUUGUGAUAGUCUUCGCGCUCGACGAAGACUGGCGGGGCGUUGCCGCCUAUCAAGCGGAAAGAAAACAUGGUCCCUGUUAUUUCCCCAGCCGACCUGUCAUGCAAGUUUGCAGGCUUAGUACGUAGAAAGUGCGGCAUGGGCUGGCACAUCGACGGCAUUCUUGUCUAGGCUUGGCUGUGAAGAAUUCGUCUUCAGCCACCUUGCACAACAUAAUAUUUUCUGGCAUGUUGGCGAAGCGACUUUGAUUUGUUCUGCAUCAUGUAAACCAGGUUGCUUUUCUUGCUACCCACAAGAAAACUCUGUUGCGGCAUAUAAUUGCACAGAUUUCAUUUUCUCCUUUUGUCUAGUACUUUGGGGCGAGGACCACGUUUUUGCAGAGGAUGUCGUGCGGUUCCCCCAGAUCGGUCCGGCGCUUCAGGAUUUGGGUCUUGGGGACCACAGUAUGUAGUUGUCUAUUGCUUGGCGGAUCCUCAGAGGUUUUUAUUGUGGCUGGCGCGCGGCUGUGCCGGAACUCGCCAUGAUGCGGGAGGUUGUUUAUAUCACUUGGUCAAGGGGGAAGGCGUAGGACCUUUCGCGCGGGUUGUGCUUACAGGGCGCGCGCUAGUGCGCUAGUAGAGUGGCUUCCUUCUGUGUGAAGGCUUUCCUUUUUCGGGUAUUCACAUACACUGCUCCUGCUCGAGUAACAGAUGUUCGUGCUUCGCGCAUUGGUCGGCAAGGUAUGGGCUACGUGCGCUCGGCACGGCGAUUCAGGGACCCGGAGAUAACGAGGUGUAGGCGCUGUUGGAAGCGAGGUUGUUCUGCCACUGGGUAUGCUGUGCGGGUUGGAUUCGGUCGGUUGCCUGUCUUCCCUUGGGGGCAAGUGGGGCUGGGGCUGGCGCUGUUCCCCCCAUUCAACCACCGGAGGUGGGGUUCUGGGGGGUCUUGCCCUUGGGGCCAGGUGGUGGUGGAGUGGGUCGCUCCCCGCUAUGGAAGCUAGGCCCGGCCUGCUACGCCCAGCCCCUUCAGGCUCGAUCCAACGGGCCGCUUGGGUGUUGGCUCUGUCUGAAUAACACUCGGAAGGAACGCAGCGAAAAUAUUUUCUCCUUUUCUCUCAUAUGGGGCGGGGACCACGUUACGUUUUUACGGAGGAUGCCGUCCGCUUCCCCCAGAAAGGUCCAACGCUGCAGAAAUUGCGACGGCAACUUAUCGAACUAGUGAAAACUGCCUCUACAACCCCCAGAACUUCUUUGAAGACGCUUGUAUUGAAAAAGGUCCCAACAAUAAUUCCGAUAGAUCAAACAACGCCCAUCUCGCACCUUUUUCCAGAAACACGACAAAUAAUUCGCCCUGCAGAACAGCUAAAAUUUGCGUUGCAAAAUUGCAUUUAGGACGACAUAGUGUUGAUGCAGCUUCCGACGCCUCGCCUCUCGGUCUCAAUCAGAAAGAUGUGCAGUUGUCCUUUCAUGAGCUAGGCAAGAAGAAGAAGAACUUCCCACAUUUGAAAAUACUUUGCACUUCCUCGGUUGGGUGGCAGUUUAUUUCAUUUUGAUACACGUGGAAUUUCUGGAAAGGGCGGGCAAGCUGGGCAGUUGCGCGAUGUCGUCGGGUCGAAAUGUUCCUCUGACACUGACUGACAUUUCGCGUUUGUUGUCGGUGCGGUUAGGAGGCGGGGGCUCCCAUUCAGGUUUAGCAGCGCGACAUUUCUUUUACAACGACGACAGAGCUUUAGGAGCGGAAGAUGAAGUAACAAGAGCCCCCUUUGGAGGGCCGCAAGAACCGGUUGAGGGACGACAGGUUGAUGUAGCAAAGACCGGCACAGCAUCAACAUCAGAAUCGCAUGCCGGCGGCGUGGUCGGCUCUACAACGACUACAUCAGAUGGCGCAAUAAAAGCCCAUGAAACUACUUGUGUCGACCACUUUAACGCCAUACGGUUUCAGAACCAGUGCGGAAAAUUGCUGCAGAAAUAUUUUGCUCGUGCGUGUUGAGACUAAAGACAAAAUCUGUGCAGAAGCAAGUCGUAGCAAAACGCGGACAUAAUUUUUAAAAAAGAAGAAUAGAAACGCUCAGGCUGACCAACAAAAUGGUAAGAUGUGUAAAAUUUUGAAAGAACAGAUCAUCAUGGAAGCCUCGCCGUUGCGAGCGCGUCGUCUGUG